AUCCAAUAGGAAGCCGUUUGGGACUGAGCCGUUUGUCUGUGAGUCUGUAUUACAGUGUGAUAAAGAUUCACUCGGAGCCGCGUCGCCGAGCGAACUGCGCGUGCAUGUCGGAGCUGUGUGUUAUGUUGGGCACUUCUACAGGAUUAAACCACAAGAUAAAGCAUCUAGAAAGAUGAUAAGGUAGCUGUUGAGACCUCGUAGCAGAAACAUAACCCUAAAGAAAGAAAGAUAAAGGAAGGAGUACGUGCACUUGUGAAAGGGUUUUGCUGUCGUGCAAAGGGGGAAGGAGAAGGGGGGGUUGAGGCACUCUCCCCCUCUGGACUAACGGUUAUAGGUCUGAGGAUGAGUAGGGACAUGGCAUGGGUUUCCUGCCUUCAGCUGCUGUGUGGCAUUUCCACAUUGAUAGCUUAUCCCUUAAGACCUCGUUUGGAGCUGGAUGUGACUCCUAGGACUACCGUCCUCUUCAAAGAACUUUCAGGCUCCAGGCCCUUCAGUGGCUCCGCUCUUAACUACAGUACCCUGUUGCUGGAGGAUGAGGCUGGUUUGCUAUAUGUGGGAGCGAGAGGAGCACUUUAUGCCUUGCAGGCUUCCAAUAUUUCAAGCUCUGGCCACACUAUUGACUGGGAGGCACCAAAAGACCAGAAGCAGCUCUGCCUAAACAAAGGAAGAGAUAACAAGACAGAAUGUUUUAACCACAUUCGAUUUCUGCAGAGAUUUAACAGCACCCACCUAUAUACUUGUGGAACUCAUGCAUUUAGCCCACUCUGUGCAUAUAUUAAUAGUAGAGAUUUUAAGAUCUCCUCCGAGUUUGAGGAGGGCCGGGAGAGGUGCCCUUAUGACCCUGCUAAAGGCUACACUGGACUGCUUAUUGAUGGGCAAAUGUACACAGCUUCUCAAUAUGAAUUCUGGAGUACACCUGAUAUUCGAAGGAACUCACCAAACCCCACGCUGAGAACGGAGGAGGCACCUACUCGCUGGCUUUAUGAUGCUGAUUUUGUGGGCUCUGCGCUGCUGAAGGAGAGUGUGAAUAGCUCAGUGGGAGAUGAUGAUAAGAUAUAUUUCUUCUUCACGGAGAAGAGUCAGGAAUACAGCCCGUCCUUCAGUUACAGCAGGGUGGCUCGAGUGGCCCGUGUGUGUAAGAGUGACAGAGGAGGUCUCCUGACCUUGCAGAAAAAGUGGACAUCUUUUCUCAAGGCGCGCCUGGUGUGUUCUAUUCCUGAUUAUGAGUUUCACUUUAACGUUCUGCGCAGCAUGUUUGUCCUGGAAGGCCCCAGGACUGAGGACACCAUGCUCUACGGCAUCUUUGGCCUUGAAUGGAAAAACAUUAAAUCCUCGGCCAUCUGCCGCUACUCAAUAGCAGACGUCCAGCAGGCCUUCAAUGGCCCCUACAUGGAAAGUCCAGAGGGUGCUGGUACCAAAUGGACCGAGUACACAGGAAAGGUGCCUGAUCUGCGGCCUGGCUCAUGUAUUACAGACCAGCUAAGGGCGAGGAACAUUAAUUUCUCUACCGAUCUGCCAGAUGAUGUGCUACACUUUAUCCGCCGUCACCCACUAAUGUCCCGGCAGAUCCGUCCUCUGGGACAACGUCCACUUCUAUUUAAGAGAACUGUGGAUUACACAAAAAUAGUUGUGCACAAAGUGACUGCUCUGGAUGGCCAAAUAUACCACAUGCUCUUCAUUGGGACAGAUGAUGGCUGGCUCCAUAGAGCUGUGGACGUUAACGGUCAGCUCCACAUUGUGGAAGAGCACCAGCUUUUUGAAAAGCCACAAGCUGUGGAGAGUAUAGUCAUCUCUCAGAAACAGAUGAGCGUGUAUGUGGGCUCACUCUCUGGAGUUUUGCAGCUGCCAUUAUCCACAUGUCACAAGUAUGCUUCCUGCUUCGAUUGUGUGCUAGCACGGGACCCUUUCUGUGCUUGGGAUGGGAAAGAAUGUGUGGAAAUCACGUCACGCACUGACAGAUCCGGUCUGAUUCAAGACAUCAUAAAUGGAAAUACAGGCUGUGAAAAAUCUGCAGCAGAUGACCCGGUGCUCCAUCGCACUCGCUCAGUGAUGGCAGGGGAUGACGUGCUCCUACAGUGUGAGCUCAGCUCCAAUCUAGCAACCCCACAGUGGAUGUUUCAUGAGCAGGAGCUGCAGGGCUAUGGGAUGAACUUGGGGUACCGCAUCGGCACUGAUGGCUUGCUGGUAAUUCAAGCUCGACCAGACCAGAGUGGCAACUACAGCUGCUUUGCUGUGGAGAACGGUGUCCGCUACCAAGUCGUGGUUUACACUUUAAUUCUUCGCCAAGACCUUCCUGCAGGAUCUCCUGUACAUAUAACUCACCCAACCCAGAGCGGCAAACCAGACCUUCCCCCGUAUAAUCAGAUCAUGUCCCAGAAAAACAUGGAGGCCAUGUACCUGUCUUUAAUCACCAUUCUGGGUGGAUUAUGCCUGGUCCUGACAGUUGUUCUGCUGUAUGUGGGAUUCUGUGUGCAGAGCAAACGGGGGAUGUACUCUGUACGGACAGCAAACCAAGCUAACAAAAAGAGAAAACGGAGCAGCCAGAUGGAGCUUAGGACCAUCUCUAGUCAUUGCAAUGGGAAAUCAGACACACACGAUGGAUUCUUACAGAUAGUUCCCGGAGAGGCCCAGGUUUCCUUAAAUAAGGAGCUCCCUCCUGCACCUCCACUUCCCCCAAAUGUGCUGAACUGUGACUCAGAGUACACCAACGGCUUCCCAGCUUCCCUGCCCAGUGUGUUACGCAAGAUGAACGGCAACAGUUAUGUGUUACUCAGGCAGACUGAUGGAGACACCACAUCUCCACUGUACUACUCUUUUACCGAGGAGCUCAGUCGGAUUCUGGAGAAGAGGAAGAACACACAGCUGUGUAGCAAACCUGACGAGAGCUCUGUUUAAAGCUUUAGAGACAGUUUAGCUUCCACCAUGAUUGGGUGGUUCAUGACAAAUGUCUGCUUAAGUUUCGGAGAGAAAGCUUUAUUCAUCUCCUUCAUAAUUUAGUCAAUUGUUUUGGUUUAAUUUGUUCUCUUAUUUUGAAGAGAAUGGACUUCAUGAACAUGAUACAUGAGAACAAACUACAUCGACACUACAACAUCAAAACAAAUGAUUGAAUAUAAUCUACCUCGGAGAGGCAUUGGAGCAAUAAUCUCAGCGUGCUCAUUGUGAGUGUCAUACGGGCACUUGAAAACAAAAUUAUAUGAAAACUAGAAAGGCUUGGACAAUAAAAUGAAGCCCUAAGAAAUUUCCUUCAUUGAAGAACCCUUUUUCUGAAGCCUUUUUUUAUGUACAGAUGAACAUUUGUUCUGGAUGUGUCAGCUUUUGAACAAUGCAGCUAUAGUGGGAUAAAUCACUGCACAAUAAUUCAAGCUAACAAAUGCCAUGCAUUUACAGCUUGUACUUUAAAAAACUGUAAAAAAAAAAUAAUAAUAAUAAUAACAGUAUUAACUACUGGCAUGCACUUUAGGAGAAGCAGGAAUGGAUACUCUGAAAGAGAUAAAGAAGUGAAAUGUAUUUCUGGGCUAAAUUAAGGAUGUCAUACACAUCGAUGCAUCACUGAAAGAAGUGCUUUACUAACCACAACCUGAACAUAAUUUCUGAGAAAGUUACUUAUCUGCCAUUCCACAUAACCCAGACAAAAUGGGAUUUCUCUGGAGUUCAGCCUCAUUGUGUGUCUCAUGGUUAGUUUGUGGCUGAAUCAUUGUUCAUGGAAACAUGCCCAGUGCCCAGCUGACCUCACUGGAACUCUCGCCUGCCAGCUGACCCUGACAGCGGAGAAGCAGAGGUUUUACCACAGAAGUUUGCUUGUCCUCGUUGUGCAGCUAGAAGUAAAUGACCAGCAAGCUGAGUUCAGGUUGCUUCUGUCAGAAAUGCAGUAGAAAACAAUUGACAUUUCCUAAGUGGAUCUAGGAUUUCUAGCUACAAACAGCAUUCAAGCACAUGUUUACCAAUUCACACCUACAGUGGUUAAUAAAUAUUACUGUGCAUACAUUUUGGUAUUUAUUUUGGUUUACCGUUUGUCCAGGAAUAAUGUUUUUUAAUUCUGUAUAAAAAAUUAAACUUAAAAUGCUUUCUUUUUUGUGAGGAUUUGAAAUUAAAAGCCCUGGAAACAAUCUUUCAAUGUUUAUGUACUUAGGUAUUUAAAACAUGCGAACUGUACAUAUUAUUGUUCAUAUUUCUGAGCUCUUGCAAUAAAUCUUAAGGGUUUUUUCGGA